UGGUAGUACUGAUUUAAUUGUGCGCAUGUGUGCUUUAUAAGCCAACUAGUAUUGACGUUGACAAUUCGCGUUGAUAUUUAGUAGAAAUCUAAAGAAACGACAGUUGGGGGUGUAUCCGUGUAUCCCAAGAUAUCAAUUUACACAUUCCACAAUAUUAGAAAGACAAUAUGGAUGCAUUUGGUGACAACUUUGUCAUUGAGCCAGAAGUAGAUCCUGUGGCAGAAUUUGUAGCAAGAGAACAGGAUCAAUUGGCAGGGUUAGAAGAUGAAAUCCCACCAGUUUCUAUGUCUGCUCCUACAACAGGAUCUAAUACAGAGGUUGGGCCAGGUGGUGAUGCUGAAGGUAGUUUCGAAAUAAUAGAUGCAGUUGGACAGCCUAAUGAAUCACAAACACCACCAGCAACAGAAGUUUUAACUAAGCCUCCUCCUGUAAAAGAGGAACCUGAGAAAAUACGAAAAUGGAGAGAAGAACAAAAGGCUAGGUUAGAAGAGAAAGAUGCAGAAGAGGAAAAAAAGAAAGAAGAAUGGCGAGAGGCUGCAAGAAAAGAAUUGGAAGAAUGGUAUAAACAUCAUGCAGAAGCUAUUAGUAAAACAAAAACUACCAACAGGGAAUCAGCCAAGAACGCAGAGAAACAAUUCGUUGCCGAAGCUGACGAAGUGGAACCCGGAACCGAAUGGGAACGUAUCGCGAAGCUUUGCGACUUUAAUCCAAAAUCUUCGCGCACAUCUAAAGACGUUUCCCGAAUGCGUUCAAUUAUCUUACAACUGAAACAAACUCCCCCAGCUCCAGUCAGUCUUUGAUUAAUUUAAUAAGUUGGUAUGGAAUAUAGAUAUAUGGAAUAUAAAACGUAUUAAAUAAAAGAACACUGUACACAGGUUACAAUGAUAUCAUUGAAAAAAAGAUCAUAAAUGAUCUGUUAAGAAAAAAUGUAAUAUUAUUGUGAAUAAAGAUUAUUAAUAGC